CCCGCCAGCCCCGCCCUCUGGCCCCAGGUCCGGCCCGCCAUGUCCUACCCUCAGUUUGGAUACCCCUACUCCUCUGCUCCCCAGUUCCUGAUGACCACCAACUCCCUGAGCGCGUGCUGCGAGACCAGCGGCCGUACGCUAGCCGAGUCGGGUCCUGCAGCCUCGGCCCAGGCGCCUGUCUACUGCCCGGUCUACGAGAGCCGGCUGCUGGCCACCGCGCGCCACGAACUCAAUUCCGCCGCGCUUGGCGUCUACGGGGCUCCCUACAGCAGCUCGCAGGGCUAUGGCAACUAUGUGACCUAUGGCUCAGAGGCAUCGGCCUUCUAUUCACUGAACAGCUUCGACUCCAAGGACGGGACCGGGUCCGCGCAUGCGGGCCUGGCACCUGCUGCUGCUGCUGCUGCCGCUGCCUACUACCCAUAUGAGCCGGCUCUGGGCCAGUACCCCUACGACAGGUAUGGAACCAUGGACAGCGGUACGCGGCGGAAGAAUGCCACUCGCGAGACCACCAGCACGCUCAAGGCCUGGCUGCAGGAGCACCGCAAGAACCCCUACCCCACCAAGGGCGAGAAGAUCAUGCUGGCCAUCAUCACCAAGAUGACCCUCACGCAGGUCUCCACCUGGUUCGCCAACGCGCGCCGGCGCCUCAAGAAGGAGAACAAGAUGACGUGGCCGCCGCGGAACAAGUGCGCAGAUGAGAAGCGGCCCUACCGAGAAGGGGAAGAGGAAGAAGGGGAGGAUGAAGUGCGGGAGGAGCCCCUCAAGAGCACCAAGAAUGAAGAGGCCAGCAGCAAAGAGAAGGAACUGGAACUCAGUGACCUGGACGACUUUGACCCUCUUGAGGCGGAGCCUUCCGAGUGUGAGCUGAAGCCGCCCUUCCAGACUUUGGAAGGCAGCAUCCUGGAGCGUAUCCCCGCUGCCCCUGAUGGCCCCAGUGCCCCUGGCAAGGAGGCAUCCGGAGUCCUACGGAUGCAAAUGACCGCUGGGGAAGGAGCAGACCUGGAUGCGGACCUAGAGAGGUCCCGGAGCUGCCUGCGAAGCUCAGCAGCCGGCCAGGAGCAGCAGGGAGCAGGAGGAGGGCCUCAAGCCUGCGAGACCAAGCUGGGCUUUGCGCCCCCCGGGGUGACCUCAGGCCUGGAGGCCAAGCCUCGCAUCUGGUCCCUGGCGCACACAGCCACCGCGGCCGCCACAGUCCUGAGUCAGACUGAGUUCCCAUCUUGCAUGCUCAAGCGCCAAGGCCCCACAGCCCCCGCGGCCGCCUCAUCUGCGCCUUCCGCGUCCUCGCCCCCAGCCCCUGUCCCUACCGCGAGCCUGGACCGACACCAGGACUCUCCGGUCACCAGCCUCAGAAACUGGGUGGACGGGGUCUUCCACGACCCCAUCCUCAGGCACAGCACUUUGAACCAGGCCUGGGCCACCGCCAAGGGAGCGCUCCUGGACCCGGGGCCUCUGGGAAGGUCGCUGGGGGCGGGCGCCAACGUGCUGACGGCGCCUCUGGCUCGCGCUUUCCCCCCAGCCGCACCCCAAGACCCCCAAGCCGUAGGGGUGGCCAAGGAGCUGCUCACCUUGCCCAAAGCCGGCAGCAAGCCUUUCUGCGCCUAAUGCCGGCGGGGCUCGGAGGCUCGAGGAGAACUGGCGUGCAGGCCAAGAGCAUGGGUAGCGGCGCAGACGCUUUCUCUACAGUGAACGAAAAGGAACGUCAAGGCGCGCGCACAGCAAAGCUAAGGCCACCAAGCCACCGCAGACCGGGAAUCCGAAGUUGGUCCCCAGAGGAACCGUGGCGGGUUCCCUGAUUCUGCCAGCCCCGAUCUCCCUGAGCUGCGCUGGGAACGGAGCAGGAGGGAGCCACCGGGAGCGUCGCGGUGAUGUGCAGAAGUUUACCCGGAGACAGUUUGGUUCUGAGGUUUCGUUUUGUGUUGCUCUUUCCUUUUGGAUGUGAGGCAUGCAAAUAUUCCUUAGGAAGACUCUUCGGCCUGCUCACCUUCGAAUUCCAUCCUUAGCACCUACGUCUCCUCCCUACGCACUUCCACGGCGUUUACACUAUUGCACACUCUUGACGAGAGAAGAAGAGAAGAAAAAAACCCCAAUUUUGUAAUGUAUGUUCACACCAAUAAUUGCCUGCUUCAGAGGCUACUAUAUAGCAAACCAAUAAAUCUGAGUGGUGGUGU